AUGCCUGGCCAGAUAAUUAGCCAGCCAAACCCUCCCCCAGGCCCCUCUCAUCUCCCCGAGUCGAUUCGCGACGCUGCUAUUCAAUUUGACACAAAAAAGUUCCUUACGAUAGAGUCCGAGUUCCUUACGACGUCCGAGCUCCAUGCAAUUCAGAAGUUCAGGCGAGCAGCCCACUACAUUGCCGCUGCGAUGAUUUUCUUAAAGGAUAAUAUCCUACUUGAGCGCCAGUUAACUUUUGAUGACAUCAAACCGAGGCUUCUUGGUCAUUGGGGUACUUGCCCCGGUCUGGUCUUGGUAUAUGCGCACCUCAACAGGAUCAUAAAGAAGUCCGGUAUUGACUCCUUGCUGGUGGUCGGCCCAGGUCAUGGAGCACCUGCCAUCUUGGCGUCCUUGUGGCUCGAAGACUCUUUAUCUCCCUUCUGGGAGCAUUACACGCGUGAUCGCUCCGGCUUAACAAGGCUCAUCACAAAAUUUAGUGCGCCUGGAGGUUUCCCAAGCCAUAUCAAUGCCGAAACCCCGGGAUCCAUUCAUGAGGGUGGUGAACUCGGCUACGCUCUCAGUGUCGCGUUUGGUGCUGUUAUGGACAAUCCUCAUCUUGUUGUUACCUGUGUUGUCGGUGAUGGUGAGGCCGAAACCGGUCCGACCGCCACUGCCUGGCAUGGGUACAAGUACAUCGAUCCCAGAGAAUCUGGUGCGGUUCUCCCUGUUGUGCAUCUUAAUGGGUUCAAGAUCUCCGAACGUACCAUUUACGGAUGCAUGGACGACAAAGAGCUCAUAGCCCUGUUCAGCGGUUACGGUUAUCAGGUCCGCAUUGUCAGUAACUUGGAACAUAUUGAUCAGGAUUUGGCUGCGUCUAUGGAGUGGGCACUCGAUGAAAUCUCCCGUAUUCAAAGGGCGGCUCGCGCCGGGACGCCUAUUUUCAAGCCGCGCUGGCCUGUCUUGAUCCUCCGCACCCCAAAGGGUUGGACCUGUCCAAAGAUGAUGCAUAACGAGUUCAUCGAAGGGUCAUUCCGCUCACACCAAGUGCCACUUCCACAGGCCAAGACGUCACAGGAGGAGCUUCAAGCCCUACAGGAUUGGCUUCAAAGCUAUGGUCCUCAUGAGCUCUUCGCUACCAAAGGCAGCAGAGGGGUGGUGGAGGGUGCACCUACUGAAGAGUUGCUAAGCAUCGUUCCUGACAGAAAGGAUAAAAAGCUUGGUUGCAGGAAGGAAGCACACGCCGCUUUCCAGCCCAUUAAAGUUCCAGAUUGGACUGGUUUUGGGGUUCAAAAGGGAUCGCAGGAAAGUUGCAUGAUCAUAGUCGGAAAGUUGUUGAAGGAUACGAUUGACAACAACCGAAACACCUUCCGGAUUUUCUCCCCUGAUGAACUCGUGUCUAACAAGCUAGACGGCGUGUUUGAUGUCACCGGACGCAAUCUCCAGUGGGACGAAAAUUCACGCGGUAACGGCGGGCGCGUCAUCGAAAUAUUGUCUGAGCAUACCUGCCAAGGCAUGUUGCAAGGGUACACACUUACUGGCAGGACUGCGCUCUUUCCGAGCUAUGAGGCUUUCCUUGGCAUUGUACACACCAUGAUGGUGCAGUAUAGCAAGUUCACGAAGAUGGCCCAUGAGACUGUUUGGAGGCACGAUGUUGGUUCCGUUAAUUAUCUGGAGACAUCUACAUGGGCACGUCAGGACCAUAAUGGCUUUUCUCAUCAGAACCCGUCUUUCAUCGGUGCCGUCCUUAAUUUGAAGCCGGCGCUGGCCCGUGUGUACCUGCCGCCUGAUGCAAAUUGCUUCUUGUCCACAAUGUCCCAUUGCUUGAGGGCGAAGAACUAUGUGAACUUGAUGGUUGGUAGCAAGCACCUCACGCCUGUCUGGCUGAGCCCUGAAGAAGCGAACAAACACUGCGUUGCAGGCUCGUCUAUAUGGAAAUUUGCAAGCGUCGACGAUGGCUUGAAUCCGGAUGUCGUCCUCGUUGGUAUCGGUGUCGAAGUGACAUUCGAAGUUAUAGCGGCUGCUGCACUCCUUCGCAAGAUGGCUCCCACUCUGCGAGUGCGCGUCGUCAACGUCACCGACCUCAUGAUUCUUGGGCCCCAUGGCAGCCACCCGCAUGCCUUGAGCGCCGAUGAUUUUGACACACUUUUUACCAAGGACAAGAAUAUCAUUAUCAACUACCAUGGCUACCCCAUCGAAGUGAAAGGUUUGCUAUUUGGUAGACCUGCCGUGGACAGAACCGCCAUCGAGGGAUAUCGUGAGGAGGGAACGACGACCUCACCAUUCGAUAUGAUGCUUUGUAAUCAUACGUCCCGGUAUCACGUUGCCGCAGCCGCCAUCCGUGCUGGUGCUCGAUUCAAUGCGAAUUUUUCAAAGGAUCCAGAGGCUGACGCGAACGCCCUCAUGGACAUGGCCAAAGAAGACACAAAGUAUAUUUUUGCUCACGGAAUGGAUCCUGAAGGCACGUUUGAUACUCCAAAAUUUGAUUAGAGACAACGCUCGACAUGAGUUUCACUAGUCUCCUAUGUAUUGUAGCUAAGAGUCUGAUGUUAGUUGUAUUUUUGAAUUUUGUAUCAUUAGCCCAUGCAUAUUUGUAGC